AUGCCACGCUGGAAGCAGACGUCUCCGAUAACGCAACGUGUUGUACUAUCUGAAGCCGCACGUCUUUUCGAUCCAUAUGGACUAGCAGGACCCGUCAUUGUUCAAGCGAAGAUGUUUCUCCAAGAGCUUUGGAAAGGAAAGUAUUCUUGGGAUGAGCCUUUAAGCAUGACGUUACAAUCACAAUGGCUGGAGUUCAGAAACAGCUUGGAUCGACUCGAUGCAGUUUCCGUGCCACGCUGGAUUGCAUUUGGUAAAAAUGUAAUUUCAUGCGAACUUCACGGUUUCUGUGAUGCCUCAGAAAGGGCUUACGGAGCAGUUAUCUACCUAAGAAGUGUAACACGAGAAGGUCAGGUAUCAGUUCGUUUAGUGAUGGCGAAAUCGAAGGUGGCGCCUUUAGAAGACUUGAAUAAGCGGAAGAAAAAACUGUCGAUACCCAGACUAGAGUUGUCAUCAGCAUUGGUACUGGCACACCUGUAUGAAACUGUUGCCGCAAGCAUCCAAAUUCCAACUAAUGCUUAUUUUUGGACUGAUUCAACCAUAGUGAAAUGUUGGCUUUCAUCGCAUCCGUCUAGAUGGCAAGUAUUCGUAGCCAACCGAGUGUCGGAGAUUCAGCACAUCUCCCGAGAAGGCGUUUGGAAUCAUGUGCCCGGCGUUGAGAAUCCGGCUGAUAUUAUUUCCCGGGGUGCGACACCGCUUCAACUAGCAGAAAGCUCUGUAUGGUGGAACGGUCCCAGUUGGCUCGGGAAAGAUUGCAACGAAUGGCCGAAAACGUAUGAAGUUCCAGACCAACAAUUCGAUUCAGGUACGUUGGAAGAAAAACCCUUAGUUACAGCAGCGUUACAGAUGUUACCUCCUAGUGAAAUCUUCACUCUUUAUUCGUCAUUGUGUCAACUGGUCCGGUUGACGGCAUGGAUAUUACGUUACACACAUAAUAGCAGAAAAAUCAAUCGAACAGUCAGACGAAUAGGAGUGCUCAGUGCACGAGAACAUGAAGAAGCAUUGCUCGUUUUAGUGAAAUUGGCACAAUCCGAAUGUUUUCCAAUUGAACUGUCGGAUCUAGCAGCGAGAGGAGAAGUUAAGCCUACCUCUAGAUUACAUUCCAAGGAUCCUGAGCUACGAGACGGUGUGAUUCGCGUUGGCGGUAGACUUCGUCAUGCUCCAGUUACGUUCGACAGAAAACACCCGAUAGUGUUGGACAGCAGUCACCUAUUAACCAAGCUGAUAAUGAAAGAAUAUCAUCAUAAACUCCUCCACGGAGGACCGCAGCUUAUGCUUUCCUGCAUGAAGGAAAGAUUCUGGCCACUGUGUGGGCGAAACCUAGCGAAGAAAGUAGUUCAUGAAUGUGUUCCUUGCUUUAGAGCACGACCACGCGUCCAUGACCAACUGAUGGGCGAUUUACCGUUGGAACGGGUAACUCCAGCUCCUGCCUUCCUGCGAGUUGGAAUUGACUAUUGCGGUCCAUUUAGUCUCCGCCCCACGUCGCGAAAGGCCAUUCCGGCUAGGUGUUACUUGUGCUUGUUCAUCUGCUUGGUGGUCAAAGCUGUCCACAUAGAAGUGGUAGCCGAUCUUACGACCGAAGCCUUUAUCGCAGCACUAAAACGUUUCAUUGCCAGGCGCGGCAAACCUGAAGUAAUUUUUUGUGAUAAUGCCACCAAUUUCGUAGGCGCUCGGAGAGAACUAAGCGAAUUGCACCGACUGUUCCACUCUGAACAAUUUCAAAAUCCGAUAGUUACAGAGGCAGCAAAAGACAUGAUCGAUUUCAAAUUUAUUCCUGCGAAAUCACCGAACUUCGGUGGGUUAUGGGAAGCAGCCGUGAAGUCCCUUAAGGGUCACAUGCGACGAGUCAUUGGAAAUAAUUUACUCCGUACUGAUGAAAUGUUCACCGUUGUCACGCAGAUCGAAGCCUGUCUCAAUUCGAGACCAAUCACUCCACUAAGCAACGAUCAUCGAGAUUUGGAAGCCCUUACUCCUGGGCACUUCCUAAUACAGCGCCCUCUCACCGCCAUUCCAGAACCCAGCCUCGCGGAUAUACCGGAAAACAGACUAAGCAGGUGGCAAUUAGUCCAACAGUUCUUCCAAACGAUCUGGAAACGUUGGUCAACUGAAUAUUUGUCAGAUCUCCACAAUCGAAACAAAUGGACAAGAAGGAGAAACAACCUACACAUCGGAACGAUGGUGUUGGUAUAA